AUGCGCUACAUGAGUGCGGACUACCAAGCGUCUGUGUCGCCCAGCCAGCAGUCCGAUGGGUGGCGCAUCAGCGGCUCCCGCUCCUGGGACUCCAUGCCCUUCCUUGCAUGGCCUGUCAAGAACCAGAAGGACUGCAAUGCAAGCUGGGCGUAUGCAGUGGUGGCGAGUGUGCAAGCAGCAUACGGCAUCGCGCAGAACCAAAAGGUUCCACGGCUGACAGUGGACUCGCUCUUUAUCAUCAUGGGGCUCAAGACCCCUGCUGCCAGGUGCAGCACAGGGAACUCCCCUGCUGCGGCCUUUAAGAAGCUCACCACUCUGCCCCGUGGAGGACUCGCCAGCAGCACAACGAUAUUAAAGUACCCCGUUCAAGCGUUUGAGCGGACGCGGUUCAAGGGGUAUGUGGGGCUCAUGCUGGCAGUGAGGCGCCAGCCAGUGGUGGUUCAGAUCGAGGCUUCCGUUUCCUCGUUCGUACAAUAUGACGGGACCUUCAAGUACCAGGAUCCUGCCUGCUACACUGGCAACCUGAACCAUGCUGUACUCGUUGUUGGGUACCUCAUUACAACAACUGGGGCCCAACAAAGCUCGACUGCUCCACCAUUCUGGAUCAUCCGCAACUCAUGGGGAACCGCUUGGGGCGACAAGGGACACAUGCGCAUGGACAUUCAGGGAGGGGAUGGCGUGUGUGGCAUCAACGUGCUGCCUGGCCUCUACCCCAUUGUCAAGAUUGCCAAUGAUUCUUGCGGCCAAUUGAGCUACAAGGGCGAUGGGGACGCACAGCCAAGCAUGAACCCGUGCGGUCGCUUCCCAUGCCAGCCAAACGCAAAGACCAGCAGCAACACCUGCAACUGCACCAUUCCUGGCGAGGCCAAUCAGCCGUUCGUUGAGGUCGCAAAUGGACUGGGCGGUAACACAUGUGCAUAUGUUAACAUCUGCAGCGCCUACCCUACGAACCCUUGUGGUGCGGGCACAUGCAUCAACGACGGCAAGGGCUCCUACUCCUGCAUUUGCCCUCCCAACUACAUCAGCAGCACAACCGUCGAAAAGUUCCCCACCUGCGACCCAGCCAACACCACAGCCUCUACCUUGACAGUCACUGGCACCAACUGGCAGUGCUCUGAUGUGUUCCCCACUGCUGGCGUCUCGUUGGCUUCCUUACCACAGCAAAGCACGGCCAUUGACUGCAGCGAGCCUUUGCCUCAGGGCAAGGUGAUUCAGCUCCCCAGCGAUCCUACAGGCCCCUGCACUGCCUUCUUCUUUACCAUCAAUCUGCUGCGUGUCUGCUAUUACCUUCAACCAACCAUCCCUUUCCUUCUCCCCCUUCACUCAACCCUCCAGGGCGACAACUGCUCAUCUAUCAGCGCUCAGAUCAAACUAGCAGUAUCUGAGCUUACCGCUCUCAACCCCGGCCUGAACUGCUCCGACCCCAUCAAGCCAGGCCACUCUCUGUGCAUUGAGCGCAACACCACUCUAGCCUACACCAUCCCACAGUGUCUUCAGUACGGCAUGCUCACAGCACAGGACACGUGUGAGGGGCUGAUGCUGCAGAGCAUGCAGUCUGGUGAGGGUGGGUCCACGGGGACAGCGGUGGUGACUGCAGACAGCUGGGUUGAGCUCUACCGCAACAACCCCGGCCUCGUCUGCCCCCGCACCACCCCUCCCUCCACCGCCACUGUUGCCAGCAAGACGAGCGUGCAGGUGAGAUUUGGGAAACCAGAGCAUCCAGAGGGAAUCGGAUACAUAUAG